AUGGCUACCUCUAGUGUCCUCGCUUUUGACGCUGAGGGUCGGGCCAUUGACUUUGACGUCUGGAUAGAUGACCUGCAGCUUUUCUUACAGUGCGAUAGGGCGGACGAUCUCUCUCUCUUUGACCUCACCUCUGGUGCCUCCCCUGCCCCUGCUGCUGAUGCUGACGCCACUGUUCGCUCAGAGUGGGCCACGCGCGAUGCUGCUGCACGUCUUGCUGUGCGUCGCCACCUGCCUACCUCUGAGCGUGCGCACUUUAGUCAGUACAAGAGUGCUCAGACCUUGUACGACGCUGUAGUUGCACGCUACUCCUCCCCUGCCACUGCUGCACUGAGCCGCCUCAUGCUACUGGGUGUUCCCCCUCCCCCCUUUUGCCCUCUGUUGCCUCUGCUGCUGCGGCCGAACUCGUUGGUCUUGAAUCGGUCGGUGCGGCGUCUACCCCUAGUGGGAGACGCCGCCCUGGCAAGGGCAAGGGGGGCAGGGGCGCUGGAGGAGCUAGCAGGGGCGGUGGAGGCGGCGGAGGGAGUGGGGGUGGCGGUGGGGGUGGUGGCGGAGGUGGAGGUGUCGGUGGCGGCAGUGGAGGCAGUGGAGGUGCAAGCCAAGGUAGCUGCGCAGUUCACCUAG